AUGUCUAAUAUUCUGACAUCUGAAAAGUUGGGUGUUGUAAGUCAUGUCAUUCUCUUUCUGAUGACUGUAAAUACAAAAUCACAGCUCCUAAACUUUGAUGAGCUGAAUGGGGGUGUGCUGACCACAAUUGAGCAACAAGGAACAGGCACAGCUCCCCUUCCUGAUAUUCUGUGUGGUCACACCCUGGCUCCUGCCCAGGCAGCCUGCAGGAACCUCAGGUCCACUGGCAAACCCCCGGAUCAAUGGCAACCACUGCCACAGCAGCCACCUAUUUCUUCCCUUGCCUUCUUCACAGGUCCUAAACAGACCAAUAGAAAUUCAUCAGUCACUGUAAAGGAGAGGACACCUGGUUCCCAGGCCUGGGUCUCACUAUUCGUUGGACUCAUGGGACUGUGUUGUGUGAUUACCGGUGGCUGCAUUACAUUUCUGCACUGGAGGAAGAAGCUGCGGCAGGAGAGGCGUGCCCAGCAUUGGGUGGAGGUGAUGAGAGUUUCCUCCUUCACUUACAGCCCACACUUAUACUGGCUAAAUACCCAGAGACGUCAUGGUAUCGACGCAGUUAUCAACAUAGAUCCUUCCCCAGCUAUUACCAAUAUGGAGAUGAAAGUGCAGAUCCCAGAUUGUCUGUGGGAGACAGACACCCCUGAAGACAGGGGUUAUGGUCACAAAGGCAGCAACCCCAGGGCAGAGACCCCUGUUGCUAUGGAAGCUGCUCUGGUGGUCUCAUGGCAGCUCCUACCAAAUAAGAUGACACAGCGCCAGACCAGAUCCCCAUUCCCAAUCCCCAUCUUUCAGGAGAUACUCUUUGCCCCACCCCUCCACAAAAUGCCUCCCAUGCUGGAACGCUCUGCCUCCUACCCGAUGGACAUCUAUCCUCAAAGGAAUGUCCAUUCCCUUCCCACACUGGCCCUGAAAUGA